UCUUGAUUAGUCCGCCGAGGAUGAACCCGUACUCAGGCGCGUUUCUGGUCUUGGGUUUUCCUGCUCGCACCGGGUGCGCCGACGGGCUCGCCUAAACGGGCAGCCGGCGCUUCAUUGACCCUUUAAAACGAAUCCCGAAGUGGUGGGUGACUCGGAUGUCAGCCCCAUCAAAUCCUUUUUUAUCUUGAAAAGAUCAGAAGAAUCUUUGAACCAGAAAAUAAAAAAGAGACGAGUAAAAAACCCAGAAAAACCAACAGAUUCGACCCUUAUAAUUAAUACUUUAUCAAUGCACUCGAACUUGAAGAAGAGCACACCAGAGAGAUAGAGAGAGAGAGAGAGAUGGGUGAUGGCAGUUUCUCUCGCCGCUCUCGCCUCGCCCCGACGAGCCUCGUGCUCGUGCUGCUGCUGCUGCUGCUCGUGUCUCCGUCGCAGUCGGAUCAGAGGGUGGCGCUCAGCCUCUACUACGAGGCCCUCUGCCCCUACUGCGCCAACUUCAUCGUCAACACGCUGUCGAAGGUGUUCGACGCGGGGCUCAUCUCCAUCGUCGACCUCAAGCUCGUCCCUUGGGGCAACGGCUGGAUCUUGCCCGACGGCUCCCUGUCUUGCCAGCAUGGACCAGAUGAAUGCCAACUAAAUGCUAUUGAAGCUUGUGCCAUCACCAUCUAUCCGGACGUGAACCGGCAUUUCAGAUUCAUCAAUUGCGUGGAGCAAUUGACCCUGCAGGGCAGGCACAGCGAGUGGUCCAACUGCUUGGGCGCGGCGGGCCUCAGCAAUGCUCCGGUCGAUUGUUACAAUAGAGGCGAUGGAAUUAAGCUCGAGCGGAGGAACGCCGACGAAACCGCUCGCCUCAAUCCGCCACAUAGAUUUGUCCCGUGGGUGCUCAUUAACAAUCAACCGCUCCAGGAGGAUUUCCCAAAUUUCGUGAGCUAUGUAUGCAAAGCCUACAAAGGCAAUCGCGUACCGGCGGCGUGCAGGUCGCUUCCGGCAACCAUCGAUUCCUCCAGGGAGGAGAUUAGGUCCAGUCGGGUUUGCUAUGCAAGCGCAGCACGAAACGUCACUCCUGGGCUCCAAUAACAAAGAUGGUAUUAAAUUACCAAAAUCCAGAAAAAAAAAAGGAAUUAUAAAAAGAUGGUAUUAAUGUUUAUUUAUCUCUCUAUGGAGUGAUUAUAGCUCAUUUCUCGUGCAAUAGAAUGGUGAUGUAGAUACAAUUGAUUUGCAUCUUAUAGCAUAUGAUGCUUCUAAAGUCAGCUGGGUGAGUGAAUUUUUUUUCUUUUUUUGCUGUUCUUUUAAAUCCACCUCUAGAGCUUGAAUAGUGAAAAUCAUCUUAUAAUACAAAAGCUAUUUACUACU